AUGGCCUCAGAGGAGCCUCUCAAUGAAAUUCCGGGCGAGUGCCCAACACCAGGCGACCUCGGCCAUGCCGGCUGGGACGUUCUGCACACGGCGGGCGCCGUGUAUCCAUACAAGCCUUCCCCUCUUCAACAAGAGGCAUUUCGUAGCUUUCUUUACAGCUGGUCACAUGUGUACGCCUGUAGCCACUGCAGCUACCACAUGCGGCGCUACUUGAAGCGCAACCCGCCGGUGGUCACCGAUAAAUUGGCUCUGAAUCGUUACCUCUGCGAGUUUCACAACACCGUCAACAAGAACAUUGCGAAACCCGUCUACAACUGCGACCCCAUGGUUGUCCUCCGACGCUGGCACCCGACCUUUCCUGAUAUGGAGGAUCAGCCGACGAUCGAGGAGCAGAUAGCCGAGCAGCGACGACUGGAGCAGGCGGAGGCACAGAAGCAGAAAGAAAAGGAGUUGCAACAGAAACAAGUGCAAACCUCGUCCCUUGGGGACAUGAAGGCAUCACGAGAGCGUCUGGUGGGACGCUGGCGUUCCGAGAAGAGUGAAAGUCAUGAAUAUGCAAAUAACAACCCCAGCAGCGUGGGAGCAUUUGCCACAGGGUGGAGUGCUUCGUCCCGUCAGCAUGAAAACGCGGGGGAUGCAGCGGCAAAAUCCGCUCCUGCCCCAUUAGCAGAGAGCCGAGAAAAAAGGUGGUGGAUAUUUGGGAAAAAUGGUAGCGGUGACAAAAAUGCAGGCUUUUCUUCCACGACCGGCACGCCUAGCAAAGUGAACAGCAGUGGCGGUGGCAGUAAUAGUGGUGGAAUGAAUGGUAGCCUGGAUGAUGAUGAGGCCAGUGUGAUGGCCAUAUUGAAGCGACUCAAAGCCUGCAUGGUCUACUGCCCGGACAAGGACGAGAAGUCAAAUUCUGCGUAG